GGUCACUUGAGUUCCAAACAGCGUGCGAAGCGGAUCGCUCGGCGGUUACGGUCGCGCGCAUGAAUCUCGGAAUAGCUUUAUUAAACUAGUAUAGAUAUAAAUCUAGAGUAAUGCCAAAGGAUCCGCCCAGAUUGAGCAGGCUCGGAGUGCUGGCGCCAGCGGCGCUGGCGGCUUGCAUGGACGCCUCGGUGUUGGCCGUGCCGGCGGCUGGAGCUAUCGUCUCCACAGUGCUCAAGGAGCUUAGCAAAGCUUUCAUGCUUAAAAAGUGGUUUCAUGGAGUGAUGUCGGCAAAGGAAGCGGAGCAAUUGAUAAUGGAAAAAGGCAAGAACGGGUCAUAUCUUGUACGCGAGUCGCAGGUGCACCCCGGCGAGUUCGUGCUGUCGGUGCGCGCGCGCGGCCGCGUGUCGCACGUCAUGAUCCGUCGGCAGCACAAGAAGUACAACGUGGGAAGCGGCGAGCAGUUCUCGGAGCUGGCGGGGCUGAUCGAGCACCUGCGUGCGUUCCCCAUGGUAACGGGCGCGGGCGAGGAGCUGCGUCUGCUGCAGCCCGUCUCCGGCACGAGGCUGCGCGCGCACCGUAUUCAGAGGAAGGUCCAGACCCAGAUCCAGGACAUUGAAGAUUCGCCAAAGCUCGAUAAGAAAAAUGGAUUUGAAGGAGAAUUCCAGUCGAUUAAGAUGCUAGAAGACAGGCACGUGUUUACUACAAUCGAAGGAAAUAAACCAGAAAAUAUUUCGAAAAACCGAUAUAGGAACAUACUUCCCUAUGACCAAACACGGGUAGCAUUGCGGCGAAGCGGCGAGCAUAAUACGGAUUAUAUCAACGCGAGCUACGUGCGGGCCGGCGCCGGCGCAGGCCUGUACGCCUCCCUGCACUCCUCAUCAGAGAGCCUGGACAGCUUGCAAUUCAAAACAAAGUUAUAUAUCGUCACGCAAGGCUGUCUGGCAACUACAAAGGAUGAUUUCUGGCGAAUGGUGUGGCAAGAAGAUGUUAGAGUUAUAGCUAUGAUUACAAAUGAAAUUGAACGAGGCAAGAAAAAAUGUGAACGAUAUUGGCCACUGUCAGGUCUUCAGGAAUACUACGGGGAUCUGCUCGUGAAGUCGACCUCGAAAAUGUGUUAUGAAAACUACAUUCUAAGAGAAUUUGACGUGUCCGACGAUAAAGAUCAGUGUAAAACUAUCUACCAGUACCAGUUUACGACGUGGCCCGAUCACGGGAGUCCCGAGGAGCCGGACGGCUUGCUGGCGUUCAUCGCAGAGGUCAACCGGCGUGUGGCGCAGGUCAUGAACGAGGAUAGUCCGCCAGAUCAGAAUGUCCUCUGCGUACACUGCUCAGCGGGAGUGGGGCGGUCUGGCACUAUGGUGGUCCUUGACAUUCUUAUCGAUAAAAUUAACACGUCUGGAUUAAAUUGCACGAUCGACGUGUACAACACGGUGAGGUUAGUGCGCGCGCAGCGCGGCGGCAUGGUGCAGAACAGCUUGCAGUACCGCUUCAUAUACCUUGCAUUGCAGGCCUACAUGGACACUAACAAAAUUAAGUUGAAACGAAAGGUAUAUACCGCAGAAGCUUGAGUAAAAUAGGCUCCAUGACUACUCCACAAACCAAAGUUUACGAAUAAAGGAUAACUGAUACGGAUACAAAAUAAAACAAUGUAAUGUAAUAAAGUGAACUUUAUCAAU